GGUCGGCCUGUAUACCGUCCCGGUCAAUCUAAACCAAGAUCACGGUUUUCUCUACGGAAUCUGUUCUACUCCAACCCUUUACAGAGUCCGCCCUUCUCCUCCUCGCCUAACAGAAGUAGAAAACUCAAGGAUGGAGAUACAGGCUCUGAUGGGAGUUGGGUGGACAGAGGAAGUCAGGUGAACGAGGUAGGACUCCAUGAGUGUACUCUUUGCCUAGCAGAAUGUACUCCAGAUCAGUUCCCACCACUCCUUAACUGUGGACAUCUAUCCUGUAUAGUUUGCCUGCAACAGUAUGUCAGAAUUGAGAUCCAGGAGGGUCGAGCCAACCUGAAGUGUCCUCAGUGCUGUCAGCUGAUUCACCCCAACGAUAUAGAGUUCUUAGUUGGAGAUGAUACUGCCCUACUCCAGCUAUACCAGUUCCUCAUGGUUAGACGGGUUCUUGCCGCAGACCCAGAUACUAGAUGGUGUCCUGCUCCUAACUGUACAUUUGCUGUAGUUGCUACAGGAUGUGCCUCCUGUCCCAAAAUUGAUUGUGAACGUGAGGGUUGUGAUUUCUCCUUUUGUUAUCACUGUAAAGCACAAUGGCAUCCUAAUAUAACUUGUGACAAAGCUAGAGCACAGCGGCAUCCAAUCAGGUAUCAUAUUAUUUGUCUAGGAUCCUGUAACCAUAUGACCUGUGCUGUCUGUGGGAGUGAAUUUUGUUGGCUUUGCAUGAAGGAGAUAUCCGAUCUGCAUUACUUAUCUCCAUCAGGAUGUACUUUCUGGGGGAAAAAACCUUGGAGCAGGAAAAAGAAACUGAUGUGGCAGCUGGGAACUAUAGUUGGAGCUCCAGUUGGGAUCGCUCUUAUUGCAGGGAUAUCUGUUCCUGCCAUGAUCAUAGGUAUACCUGUGUGGGUUGGGCGGAAGAUUCACGCACGGCAUGUUUUCUCAUCUAAGGCUCGCAGAAUCACCGCAAUAUCGGCAGGAGUCACGUCUUCGGUGCUAGUAUCCCCUGUAUUGGCGGGAUUAGCUGUAUUUAUUGGAGUCCCACUCCUCCUGGGAUAUGUUUAUGGAGUUGUUCCCCUCUCUCUCUGUAGAUCUGGAGGCUGUGGAGUCAAGACUACCACACAGGGUGUGCGGAUAGAGGUUGAUGAAGAGGCUCCGUACACCAAGGGACCAGUUGGGGAGCCAGGGAGCCGUGUAACUAAUCCUAGUAUUGGGGAGCUUAGUUUAGGAGCUUCAUUGAGCAUGGGCAGUGGGAGCCAUUUAGACAGACUUAACGAAUGUGAUAGAGAGAGUGCCAGUAAUACGGCCAUAGCUGGGUACAGUCUCACUGGAUCAGUGGCUAGUUCAUACUUGGGUCAGCACAGGCUUGAGGUCGGAGCUGAUGUUCAUCCUAGGAAGAAGUUUUCCUUCUCCAGCGAGCGCCUGAGUGAGACCGUGAGUCUCAGUGAGAAAUCGGCGACGGUUAGCCUAGCCGACGAUGGCGGGGCGAGCACACGAGCACUAGCCGGCAGCUUACUUCAGUACAGGAUGGAAAAUACGAGUAUUUGUAGUUAUAAAACAGGUCAAGCUACCCCUGGCAGUAGUGGGAGUGGAGCCCAGGAGACAGAUGGAAGCUUGUACAGACAAGAUAUGGAGACGUGUCUCUACCCCAGCGGUGACGAGAUAUCGCUUCGGUCGCUGCCCGGUCAGCGGUCCCUGUCUCCGGUCUCUAAUAUGUCAGACGAUGUUUCGGCGGCGCUUCGACGGAGUUCACGGCGGCGGGUUCUAGAGAAGCAAGCUAGUGAGGGGGAGGAGUAUAGAACUGAACAGGAGAUGGUGGAGAGGGUUAGGUUUGACUCCCAUAUCUCCUUUAUGGACGGGUUUAGAACUACUCCUGUAUCCGUGGAUACAGAACUACUGGAGAGAACCAGGCUUACACUCAAGAAAGGAGAGCUUGAACCAGAAACUCUACGGGAAGAAACUGCUGAAGAAUUGGCUCAAGUUGUCUCACCAUUGACUCACCGAGCUCAAUCCCCUCUUUUUAAUCAAGGAGAGUUCUCGCCCCCAUCCCUCGCCUCACCCUCCAGUCCUCUUCAUCCCUCAUCACUCACAUGCACCUCGCAAGUUAUUAAGAUGAUGGAUUACUCUGGGCCCUGUUCUCCUGCAUCCCCUCCUCCCCCCUCAAAUACAACCUUCUCCCCUACUCUCUCCUUAAACACAACCUUUACCCCCUUCGCUCCAUCUCCUACGGAUGAAUGCCCUCUUCUCCCAGGGGAGGAAGGAAGAAGUGCUGCUGUACAAGGCAGGGAAGAGCCGAGUACAGAAGUUAAAGGGCGGAGUCUAGGAGUUGACGGCGGAGUUGGGCGGAGUAUAGAAAUCAGAAGGCAGGAGGAGGCGAAUGUCACGAGCAUAAGCAUAGGUCUUCAGAAUACAGCUUACUUCAGUUGUAAUAGCACAAUGAUUGAACCUAAUGGCGAAGCUUCAACAUUAAAUAUUUCCAUCUCUGGAAACCAAGGGGAACAGAAAUCAGGAGACAGCUAGAGACCUAACAGCUGGCGUUAAUGUGUUUCAUGUUUAACUAAAUUUUUUAAAUUUCGUUUUUUCAUAUUUGCAUUGUCAGCUGUUGCAAUUGUGGGCUAGCUAAAUAUUUGCACCCUA